AUGGCAGCCGGAACGGAUGACGAGCGUCCAUGCGAUCUGCUUUUGAAGUGCCUCGAUAACGGACGGGUUGACGUAUUAUGCUCUCUACUUUCUCAACUAAGGAAUAAACCUGAUUUUCAUGAUCACGUUGAUGCGUUAUGUUGUAAGGAAGGAACACUGCUUCACCGUGCAGUUGGAUUAGACUCUGCGGACUUCGUGAGUGCACUUCUCUCCAAUGGUGCGAAUCCUUGUGUCCAGAAUGAGGAAGGAAAAACUCCUUAUCAAAUGUGCAAAUCAGAUGUGGUUCGCAAUGCGUUUGUCCAGGAAGCUCUGCGAGCCAUUACACUUUCCAACAUUAGCGUUAUAGCGCCACAACGCCUAUCGCUUCAUUGCCCUUCGAUUUCUGCUUCGGUCUUCCAUCUUCUUUCACCUGUUGGUCUCCUUUUUUCUGUUGAUUAG